CACCUGCCUCCCCAGGUGAGCUGAAUGAGUGUGACGAGCUGCUGGAGGUGCAGCUGUGAUAUAAAAGCAGAGCAGCUGCAGCUCCAGCUCACAGCUUCUGUCUGCAGCAGCCUCCUCACUGCUGAUCAACCUGCUGGAGCUGAACUCUGUGGCCUCGGCUUCUUCUCACAGCUGGACAUGCUGCUGGAAUCUGUUCUCAGGGUCUCCUGGAUCUGCUUCCUGCUCCUCAGCUCUGGAGCUUGUUACCCUUUUCUAAGUAAAGGUCAAACAGGUUCUGGAGGAGCUGGUGGAGGAACUGGAGGAGGAGCUGGCUCUGGUGGUUCUGGGGGAUUUGGUGGUUCUGGAGGCUCUGGGGGAUCUGGUGGUUCAGGAGGCUCUGGUUUCUUCAGCAGUUCUUUGCCCUUUGGAUCUGCAGGAUUUACUCCUUUGAUCAACUACCCACAGGGGUUCUCCUACGAUAUAAAUGACUUGAGACCAAGGUUUGUCCGUCUCCCAGACCCCUCAGUCUGGAUCCCUGAUAACAUUCCCACCGACCCCUUCCCAUUGGUUGUUCGUGGUCCUACGUCCUACAUCGUCCAGUCCAGUAACGGCUACCAGCGAGCCAGAGAACUCCUCUCCCACUCUAAAUACUCCCCAGAUGACUUUGGCCCGUUUUACUCUCCGGUGAACCCAGGAGAUCCCAGCCAAGGACCUGGAACAGGAACUGGAACCAAGGUCUAAGGAGGUGGAACUGAUCAGCAGAACCUCCAAGAAACUACGAAGUAACCUCUAAUAAACCUAAAGUAAACCAUGAA